CUCUGUGUGUGGGGUAGGGCUGAGUUGGCGUCCAUUUUAUUGAUUGACGUUUUGGUGGUACAGUAGUUGACGCGAUGUGGUAGAGGCUGUGGACAGGAUUUAUGUAAUUUUAAGAAAUAAAAGUGGUUUUAAUGAAACCCAAAGAGGAGGCGAUGAAUCAUUCAGAUGGCGGUGAUGUCGAUGAUCUCAGUGACGACCCCUCAUCUCCAGAAAGCGCUUCUUUCGACGACGGAGACAUACUCUCGGGUCAUGUACACGACGAUAUCACAGCACAAUUGGCUGCUGCCGGUCCCAUCGGAGUGGCGGCGGCCGCGGCCAUCGCGACGGCGAAGAAGCGUAAGCGACCGCAUAGUUUCGAAACCAACCCAUCCAUUCGCAAACGACAACAAACCCGACUCCUCAGGAAGUUGAAGGCCACGAUAGAUGAGUACACCACUCGUGUGGGACAACAGGCCGUUGUCCUAAUAGUCACUCCCGGAAAACCUCAGAAUAACUUCAAAGUGUUUGGUGCGCGUCCUCUCGAGAAUGUGGUGCGUCACUGCCGGUCACUAAUAAUGCAAGAGUUGGACACAGCUCUGGCACAACAGGCGCCGCCUCAGGUGAAGGAAGACCCGUCUCUGCAUGAAUUGCCUCCUCUAGUCGUUGACGGCAUCCCGACGCCCGUCGAGAAGAUGACUCAGGCACAGCUCAGGGCUUUCAUUCCUCUCAUGUUGAAGUACUCGACCGGCAGAGGGAAGCCCGGCUGGGGCAAGGAGUCGACUCGACCCCCCUGGUGGCCAAAGGACCUCCCGUGGGCUAACGUUAGGAGCGAUGCGCGCACUGAAGAAGACAAACAAAAAGUCUCGUGGACUCAUGCGUUGAGACAAAUUGUCAUCAAUUGCUACAAAUUUCACGGUCGAGAAGACCUGUUGCCGGCAUUCAGUGAUGACGAGGACAAGAGUGGCUCCAAUCAGACCAAAGAGAAGGUGAAAAGUCGCAGCAGCCAUAGCAGCCUCAAUGUAACCAAUGUUACCAACGCUGGCGGUGUGGCCACUGUUUCCACACUGUCUGAGUCUACCCUCGCUGCUCAGGGGGUCAACACCCUAUACGCGCAGCCCAUCACACACUAUGCGCCCACAAUGUUGCAGACGAUCAGUAAUCCGGACGGAACCGUAUCUAUCAUUCAUAUGGACCCCAACAGUGCUGUCGUCACAUUACCCGACGGAACUCAAGCACAAGUCCGGGCCGUUAGUGCGUUAAGGAUCCAGAACACGGGUAAUGAGGCGAACCAAGCCGUGCAAACAUUAGCAGAGAUGGGUCAGGAGCACGACAAAGUCACUCAAUUCGGAACCGUUAACGUGGACCUCAGCGGUGACGGCUCUACACAAACCGUAUCACUAGCCGAGGCAACCAUUAGUCCUGACGGACAGAUCAUAUUAACCGGAGAAGACGGAACUCAAAGCACAUUUCCAGUCUCAGGAAUGGUUACAAUUCCGGUGUCUAUGUAUCAGACCGUAGUGACAAACAUUCAGAAUCUGACUGAAGCUGGUCUGCCGCUGACGAUGAGUGCUAUCACAGGGUCGGCGCAGUUGACAGAAGUGACUGACGGCGAGGAAGUGAACGACGCCAGCACUACGACCGUCAAUAUGGUAGAGGACGUGAAGACCGUACUGAACGGCACUCAGACCUCAGUUGGUGUGACGGAUGAGGAGAGUUAAUGAGUGAAAUGACUGCCAUAACUGGCAUUAUCUCAAUGUACAGAUGAGUCGAGAGAUUUAGUCUCAAGUGGUGUCAUAUUUAGUUCAUUAUCGCAAUCAAUGUUCUCUUAAUUAUAGGAUUAGAGUCAUCCCAACCAACGCUUGUUAUAUUGAUAGUGAAGUCGUUUCUCUUCUAGUGUUAAAUAACUUUUAGUUUACAUUUAAUAAUUAUUUUCAAUUAAGUGUUGUUACGGUUCAAGACUUUGUACUCUAAUGUACUUAAAGACUGCGAUUAAAUCUGAUACAAAUCAAUACAAACAGAACGCACUAAAGAUAUUAAUCAUUAAUUCAUUUUUAAGUUCAACCAUAACCUAAUGUACUAUAUAUUUGAAGUGAUA